AAUUUAGGGCACACUGAGAUUCGUUAGCCAUUGAAGAUGAAGAGAAUUUCUGUGCGAAAAGGCAAUGAUAUUCCCUUUAUCUCUUUCUUCCCUACUUGGGAAAUUACAGUGAGAGAUUAUUCUUCCUAUCAUAGUGAUAAAUCCAUUUUAGGAAAGGAUAAUGUUGGGUUAAAUAGUAGCAAUUUUGAGAAACUAAAGAGUUUAGAUGAUGCUGUUACUCUCUUCAAUCAAAUGGUUACAAUGAACACUCUUCCUUCAGUUGUUGAUUUCUGUAAAUUGUUUAAGAUUAUGAUAAGUAUGAAGCAUUACACUACUGUCCUUUCUCUUUUUCGAGAAAUGUAGAAAUUGGGUAUCCCAAUUGAUGGGUUCAUCUUGACUGGUGUGAUUAAUAGUUAUUGUCUGAUGGAUCGUUCUGAUUGUGCAUUUUCGGUGUUACCCAUUUACCUGAAGAAUGGCAUUCCAUUUGAUGUUGUCACCUUUAGCACCCUAUUAAAGGGUAUCUUUACUGAAAAUAAACUUAAAGAUGGAGUUGAAUUGUUCAAAAAAUUGGUGACAGAGAAAAUUUGUGAGCCCGAUGAAUUCAUGUAUGCAAUCGUCAUGAAUGGGCUCAGCAAAAGGGGGCAUACUGAAAAAACUGUAAGUUUGCUCUGGUUAAUGGAACAAGGGAACUCUAAGCUCGACACAUAUAUCUACAACAUUGUUGUUGAUGCCCUUUGCAAAGAUAGAAACUUAGAUGCUGCUAUCAACCUUUUGAACGAGAUGAAGCAGAAACGCAUACCUCCAACUGUAGUCACAUAUAAUUCAAUAAUUGAUGGUUUGUGUAGGAUUGGUCAGUGGGAAAAGGUUAAGAUUUUGUUAUCUGAGAUGGUGAACCUUAAUAUUUAUCCAAAUGUGCGAACCUUCAAUAUACUAAUAGAUGGACUAUGCGAAGAAGGGAAAGUUGAAGAUGCUGAGGAUAUAAUUAAACACAUGGUCAAAAAGGGUGUAGAGCCUAAUAUAAUCACCUACCAACUUUGUGUUAAUUACCAGGAAAAUGCUAUUUGUUAUCUUCUGUAUUGUCAUUUUCUAUCUAUUUGA